AGUAACGGGAAUGGCUUUCUUCCUAAGAGACUGGCGCCAUCUACAGAUCACGAUAUCAGCGCUACUAUUUCUAUUAGCCUUUACUCUUUUUUGGUGCCUCCCGGAGUCGCCCAGGUGGUUACUUACCAAAGGCCGAAAGAAAAUUGCUGAGAAAAUAUUAAGACGAACUGCAAGAAUUAACGGCACCGAGUUCCCAGAAGGACUUGUAGAAAAGGUGGAAAUCAAGAAACCCCCAUCUACGAGUGCCAGAGCUCUAUUACAUGCACCAAACUUGAUGAUAAAGCUGCUGCUAAUAAUCGUUAAUUGGAUCGUAAUCGACAUGGCGUACUAUGGUAUCUUCCUCCAUGCCGGAAACAUGUCAGGGAACCUGUACCUCAACGUGCUGUUUUACUCCCUGGUGGAGUUUCCAGCGUGUGCGCUAUGUUUUACCAUCGAUAGAUUCGGACGAAAGCGGCCUUAUAUUAUGUGUGUGGUCAUUGGCGGCCUUUCGUGUCUUUCAACUCUGCUGGUGCAAUAUUAUGCAAGUGAUGAACUAGAAUCUACAAAGUACACAAAAAUUGCAUUAUCAGUCGUGGGAAAACUGGGAGUGUCCGCCGCCUACUGUAUCUUGUAUAUCUGGAGCAUCGAAAUAUUCCCAACCGUCAUCCGUAAUUUCUGUUUGGGUGUGGGAGCCGUGUUCGCUGGCGUCGGAUCAAUCUUGUCUCCCAUCAUUGUAAGAGACCUGAAGGUAGAGAGUAUAGGAAAGGACACUUUGCCACUUGUAAUAUUCGGAGCGAUGUCUAUAUUUGGGGCAAUAUGUACCAUUCCCUUGCCGGAGACGGCCAAGAGGGAUUUACCAGAAACAAUUGCAGAUGCUGAAAAAUUUCCCCUGGGAUUAAAAUGCACAGCUGACGAUUCUGAAUACCAAAAGCCACCCUUGGUCGAUGAAACCACACGAGUUUGACGUAACGCUGUAUGACGUACUCACACAAAUAAUUAUCAUCUAUGUGAAGAAUUCCACAGCGCAUGGAAGAUCCGUUCCUAUAAUAAUUUUCACGA